AUGCUCCUCCCCCUCCUUGCCCUCGCCCUAACCGGGCACUCCGCCUCGACAAACCCCCACAAACCCAUUACCCUCUCCAGCACAGGCGGCUUCCAAAUCGGUGGCCGCACCAUGUCCGCCCCCUUCAACCCCAACCUCACCCUAUCCUGCGACCACGGCUACAUGGAGUACUUCCUGCCCACCCGCCCGCGCAAGACCUCCCUCGUGAUGUGGCACUCCUCGUCCACCCAAGUCUGGCAAAAUACCUGGUCCGGUGGGGCCGGCUUCAAGGACCUCUUCCUCCGCCGCGACUACCCCGUGUACCUGUGGGACGGGCCGCGCGUUGGGCGCGCAAACUGGGCGUGCGAAGCCACCGUGUACACACCAGCGUACAUGGACACUUCCAACUUCGUAGCCUGGAAUUUUGGACCCAGAUACAAGCAGUGGUGGGAUGGUGUCCGCUUCCCGACGGAGGAUGAGGAUGCGUGGCAGCAGGCCACCUCGGCGCGAUACGUCGAGUACGAUACCAAAUCCAACGUAGAACUGCACGCGCGCGCCGCCGCGGUGGCUGCAGAUUCGGGCCGCAUAGGCCGCGACAUCGUGUACCUCACCAACUCAGCGGGCGGUCUCCGCGCCCAGCUCACCGCCACGCUCUCCAACAGCACCAACAUCAAGGGCAUCGUCACAUAUGAGUCGAUCGGCUACGUCUACCCCGACAACCUCAACAUCACCGCUGGGAAAGGCGGGUUCGGGCCGUACGUUGUCCCCCUGGAAGACUUUAAGAAAUUGGCUAGGGUGCCGGGGAUACAGUUUGUGUGGGGGGAUCAUAGGGCGGAGAACUAUAGUUAUGUGCAGGAGAGUAGGAGGGUCGCGGGGCUGAUUAAUAAGUACGGGGGAAAUGCGGAGGUGGUGAAGUUGGGGGAGGUGGGGGUGAGGGGGGCGACGCACAUCCCGUUUGCGGAUCUGGGUAAUGAGGAUGUUGCGGGGCUGUUGGACGAGUUUUUGGAGGGGAACGGGCUAGAUGGGCGAAAGAAAAUCAUGCUGUGCUACAUUGGACUCCACGUUACUGUUUACAUGUACCGUCCCCAGACGCUCGGCUUCCUCGCCUGCAUGGUGUAA